CCAUUUUAUUAUUGCAUCCUCUAAAAAUCAUGCUCAGAAGCGAUAACGGUGACGCGUGACGGCUUAGGAACUAAUGCAUUAGGAAGAGUGCGUUGCAUCUUUUGUGUUAGAAACCGAGCACAUUCUCUGGGUGAAAUAUGGAAGUCAGAGCCCUCAAGAAUCCGUACACAGACUACCACGAAACGCCGGGCGGCGCGCAGUAUCACUUCGACCAUCGAGGCAGACUAACAGCAGAUUUUGCUGGCCGUGUGAGCGACAAGAUCAGUGAGCUGCUGUUUCACAUGGAAAAUGGGCUGAAGUCAGCUGACCCCAGAGACUGCAGUGUCUACACUGGAUGGGCAGGCAUUGCUCUGCUGUACCUGCACCUACACCGCACAUUUGGGGAGAUCACUUUUCUGCAGAGGGCCCUGGACUACGCAUGCCGCAGCCUGCAGUCUUUGACAGGACGCUGGGCAACCUUCCUGUGUGGUGAUGCAGGACCAUUGGCUGUAGCAGCUGUGGUCUUCCACAGGCUGCAGAGGAGGCAAGAGGCUGAUGAGUGCUUGAGCAGGCUGCUCCAUUACCAUCAGUUUAUAAUGAGGGGAGAGGGCCUUCCAGAUGAGCUGCUUUUUGGAAGGGUUGGCUACUUGUUUUCUCUGAUCUUCAUCAACCAGGAGUUUGAACAGGAGAAGAUCCCAAUCCAGUACAUCCAGCAGAUCAGCGAGGUGGUAUUGUCAUCUGGGGAAAGCCUGUCCAAAAGGAGCUGUAACCAGGAGCAGAGCCCCCUGCUGUAUGAGUGGCACCAGAAGUACUAUGUGGGACCUGCUCAUGGCCUGGCAGGCAUCUAUUACUUCCUCCUGCAACCAGGUUUUGGGGUAGGAGAGACCAGACUGCUUAAGCUAGUGAAGCCCAGCGUGGACUACUUGUGCUACCUCAGGUUCCCAUCAAGGAAUUACCCAGCCUGCAUUGGGGAUACCCGUGACCUCCUGGUGCAUUGGUGUCAUGGGGCACCUGGAGUCAUCUACAUGCUCCUGCAGGCCUACAAGGUGUAUGGCAUGGAUCAGUACCUUGCAGAUGCAUUGCAGUGCGGGGAAGUGGUCUGGCAGAGGGGGCUCCUGAAGAAGGGUUACAGCCUGUGUCAUGGGGUGGCUGGCAAUGCUUACGUGUUUUUGGCCCUCUACAAGCUCACCCAUGAUCCCAAGCACUUGUAUCGGGCCUGCAUGUUUGCAGAAUGGUGCAUGGAUUAUGGUAAACAUGGCUGCCGGACCCCUGACAGGCCGUUCUCACUUUUUGAAGGCAUGGCAGGCACUAUCUACUUCCUGGCUGACCUUUUGCAACCCAUGAAGUCAAAGUUCCCUGCUUUUGAGAUAUAGAGCCAUAAGGACGAGUCCCCUGUAAUCUCCCGAAACAAGCAUGGCCAUUGUUGACUCUGAUUAUAACCGAGUUGUUUCUCUUUCAAAUAACAGUUGUUAAUUAAGUUGGCUUGGUGUCCAUAUGACAUCAUGAAUCUAUUUUCAUGUUCUUUUUUCAUGAUCUCUUUCUACUGUUACUCACAGUACUCAGACUCUGUCACACACACAGAGGUGGAUAGUUCAGGUGCAUGAAGUACAAAUCCAGACCGAAGUUUUGUUUCAACCAACCAGUUGAGUAUUUUCUCAGUGUGAUUCUUUAUAUUCCAGUGGUUGGUUGAAGGGGUGGCAUGGUGGUGCAGUGGUUAGCACUGUUGCCUCACACCUCUGGAACCCGGGUUUGAGUCUCCGCCAGGGUUACAUGUGUGUGGAGUUUGCAUGUUCUCCCCAUGUCGUCGUGGGGUUUCCUCCGGGUACUCCGGUUUCCCCCCACAGUCCAAAAACAUGCUGAGGCUAAUUGGAGUUGCUAAAUUGCCCGUAGGUGUGCAUGUGUGAGUGAAUGGUGUGUGAGUGUGCCCUGCGAUGGGCUGGCCCCCCAUCCUGGGUUGUUCCCUGCCUCGUGCCCAUUGCUUCCGGGAUAGGCUCCGGACCCCCCGCGACCCAGUAGGAUAAGCGGUUUGGAAAAUGGAUGGUUGGUUGCAACGGAACUUUGGUCUGUAUUUGUAAUUCAUGCUUGAAUUUUCCACCUCUGUUCACAUAUGUCUUUAGAGAGGUUGCCCCUUCUUACAACCUUAUAGUGUAGUACAGUGGUACCUUGGAACACGAACUUAAUUCGUUCCAUAAGCCUGGUCGAAUUUCCCCAUAAGAAAUAAUGCAAAUGAAUUUAAUCCGUUUCAGACUCCCAAAUGAUUGCUAUUUAAACCUAUUUACAUACCUAACUAAUGAUAAAAAGCAUUAACAUUCAACAUAAAACUAAUACACGUGAAAAAGCACACAUACAAAAGCAAUAAACACAAAUGACAAUUUAUGAGCACUUGUAUUAUGGUGAGCUCAUGGCAUACUGGAAGUGGCAGGUGGCGGAGGAGGAUGGAGGAGUUAUUGUUUGGAAAGGGAGACUCAUCUUGUUCUGUACAAGUUUUAGCAGGUUUGUAUUGUUUUGUCAUAUUUCCAGUCGGGUUGUGGCUACAUUUUUUUUUGGCCAACCAAUUCGAGGUCUGAAAGUUGAACACAUCCCGACGCAUAAAAGUUUAAGCAGAAAUGGUUGAGGUACAAGUCGGAAAAAAUUCAACAGAUCUGUUCGACGUCCCGGUUGAUUGAGUUAAGAGGUGUUUGAGUUCCAAGGUUCUACUGUACAUGUUAAUUUACAUGCUUUAGCUGUUAUUUUUCAAUGGGUUUGAAGGGUAUACAUCCUCUACACUAUUAAUGCUAUUGAAGAAGUAGGUCUGUCUCAAUGAUCCAUGGUCAAAAACUGCAGUGAAAAGUUUGAUUUUAAUUGGUAAAUGUUUAGUAUCCUAAAAUAAGUACUUAGUAAUAGAUUGACUGGCAGUUGAAUAUUGAUAACCUUUUAAUUCUCAGACAUGCACAUGCAAUUAGAUGAGUGUUGACUGUGAUGUACACACUAUAAGUUAGAAAAGCAAGUUUUUUUGUGUAUGUGUGUGAAGGGUCCUGCUACUUUAAAUAUUAGAAUAUACGUUACUUUUAAUGAAAUGCCCUUUGUUUAAGAAUUUAGACAUCUGUAGUACUUGUAUAAUUUACAAAUGUGAACUAUGUAUGAUCUGUACAGUGCUCUGGUUUGUAUGUUGCUGUGCAAUGAGCUACAUAUGAUAUAAAGAAAAAAGUGUAAUUACAUCACUUGUCUAAAGAAUUAACUGCCUUUCAACAACUAUGGUUUUAAUAAUUGGAUGCUAUUCUCUUAAGACUGCUUGUACAGUCAUUGUAAAACAAUAAAAUGGUAUUUCGCCUUCUUUACUCAUAUAA